AUGGAGCGUUCGUUUUUACGCUCGCCGCCUGAGGUGCUUGCGCACUUUGGAGUUGAUGAGCAUGAGGGCCUGUCUGCUUUGCAAGUCGCGAAGCUGAGAGAGAAGUAUGGAUCAAACGCUAUUCCUGAAGAACCACCCACCCCGCUUUGGCAGCUUAUCCUAGAGCAAUUCAAAGAUCAAUUGGUAAUUAUCUUGCUGGGAUCAGCGGUGGUAUCGUUUGUGUUGGCGUUGUUAGAGGGCGGAGAUGACUGGACCGCAUUUGUCGACCCUGCAGUGAUUCUUACCAUUCUUAUCUUGAAUGCGAUUGUUGGCGUGUCGCAGGAGAAUAGUGCCGAAAAGGCCAUCGCUGCGCUCCAGGAAUACUCCGCAAAUGAAGCAAAGGUUGUCCGGGAUGGCACCACUCAGCGGAUUAAAGCCGAAGACCUUGUUCCUGGCGAUAUUGUGCAUGUGGCCGUGGGUGACCGUAUCCCGGCUGACUGCAGAGUUGUUACAGUCCAAAGCAAUAGUUUCCGUGUGGACCAAGCCAUUUUGACGGGUGAAAGCGCAAGUGUCGCCAAAGGGACCGCUGCAAUUGAUGACCAUCGUGCCGUGAAACAGGAUCAACUGAAUAUACUGUUUUCUGGUACCACCGUUGUCGCUGGUCACGCAACAGCCGUUGUUGUUUUGACCGGGUCUAGCACUGCAAUUGGCGAUAUCCAUGAGAGUAUCACCGCGCAGAUCUCUGAGCCGACUCCACUGAAACAGAAGUUGAAUGACUUCGGUGACAUGCUGGCCAAGGUUAUCACCGUCAUUUGUGUCCUGGUCUGGCUCAUGAAUAUCCAGCAUUUCAACGACCCCAGUCACGGAAACUGGACAAAAGGCGCUAUCUACUACUUGAAAAUUGCCGUCUCUCUUGGUGUGGCUGCCAUUCCAGAGGGUUUGGCCGUUGUUAUCACCACUUGUUUGGCUCUGGGCACACGAAAGAUGGCCGCUAAGAAUGCUGUUGUUCGAUCUCUCCCUUCGGUGGAAACCCUAGGAAGCUGUAGUGUCAUAUGCUCUGAUAAGACGGGCACUUUGACUACCAAUCAGAUGAGCGCAGAACGUAUCGUCUAUCUUAACGACGCUGGAAAUGGCAUAGAGGAAAUUAAUGUUGAAGGAACCACUUUUGCACCUAUUGGCAAAUUGCGAAAGGAUGGUAAAAUUCAAGAAGACCUAGCGGCUGUAUCUUCCACGAUAGGCCAAAUGGCUGAGGUCAUGGCAAUGUGUAAUGAUGCCGCGCUAGCUUAUGACCAAAAAAAUGGAACUUACAGCAACAUCGGAGAGCCCACCGAAGGCGCCCUUAGAGUUUUGGUAGAAAAGAUUGGCACAGAAGAUACCAAAGUCAACCAGAAGAUCAUGCGCCUAUCGCCUCCUGAACGUCUACACGCCGCCAGCAGACACUAUGAAAAUCGCUUACCACUCCAGGCCACCUAUGAAUUUUCACGAGACCGAAAGAGUAUGUCCGUCCUUAUUGGGGAAAAGAACAAUCAACGACUCCUUGUCAAAGGCGCACCUGAAUCGAUUCUUGAACGUUGCUCCCAUAUUGUUCUGGGCUCGAAUGGGGCUAGAGUUCCUCUCUCCCCGCAACAUAUGAAACUGGUCUCGCAAGAAGUUGUUAGCUAUGGAAAUAUGGGUCUUCGUGUUAUUGCCAUUGCCAGCAUUUCGGAUGUGCCAGAAACCCCUUUGCUUAGAUCCGCUGAAACCUCCAAGGAAUAUGAGAAGAUUGAACAAAAUAUGACUCUAAUUGGACUUGUUUGUAUGCUCGACCCACCUCGACCUGAGGUUGGAGCGUCUAUUCGCAAGUGCCGGGAAGCUGGAAUCCGAGUUAUUGUCAUCACUGGCGAUAACCAGAGCACCGCAGAAUCUAUCUGCCGACAAAUCGGUGUGUUCAAGAAAAACGAGAAUUUGCAAGGGAAAAGUUUUACUGGAAGAGAAUUCGAUGCACUCAGUGAACACGGUAAGAUUGAAGCCGCGAAACAGGCUUCAUUAUUCUCUCGUGUUGAACCGAGCCACAAGUCGAAACUGGUUGAUAUUCUUCAAUCUCUUGGACAGGUUGUUGCAAUGACUGGUGAUGGUGUUAACGAUGCCCCAGCGCUGAAGAAGUCGGAUAUCGGCGUGGCCAUGGGUUCUGGUACCGAUGUCGCGAAAUUAGCAGCAGACAUGGUUUUGGCAGAUGAUAACUUUGCGACAAUUGAGAUCGCUGUUGAGGAAGGAAGGUCGAUCUAUAGCAAUACCCAGCAAUUCAUCCGCUACUUGAUCUCGUCAAAUAUUGGCGAGGUCGUGUCCAUUUUUCUGACCGCAGCUUUGGGAAUGCCGGAGGCUUUGAUCCCUGUUCAGUUACUAUGGGUCAAUCUUGUUACGGACGGUUUACCGGCAACAGCGCUCUCUUUUAACCCCCCCGACCACGAUGUUAUGAGGAGACCUCCCAGAAAGCGCGGAGAAGCACUAGUCAGUGGCUGGCUUUUCUUCCGUUAUAUGGUCAUUGGCGUUUAUGUCGGUGCUGCCACUGUUUUCGGCUUUGCUUGGUGGUUUAUGUAUAACCCCCAGGGCCCACAGAUUUCUUUUUGGCAUUUGUCGCACUUCCAUAAAUGCUCAAGGGAUUUCCCUGAAAUCGGCUGUGAGAUGUUCACAAACAACAUGUCUAAAUCGGCAUCCACUAUAUCCCUCUCCAUCCUCGUCGUUAUCGAAAUGUUCAAUGCCAUGAAUGCUCUCUCAUCAAGCGAAUCACUUUUAACCUUCCCACUAUGGAACAACAUGAUGCUAGUCUACGCCAUCAUGUUGUCGAUGUCUCUUCACUUUGCCAUCCUCUAUAUUCCGUUCUUACAAAAUCUGUUCUCCAUCUUACCACUAAAUUGGGUCGAAUGGAAGGCUGUGUUAGCAAUCAGUGCACCGGUCAUUGUUAUCGACGAGAUUCUCAAGUUCUUUGAGCGACAGUUCUACGAUACUCGAACGGAGUCUACUGAAAAACUAGCAAACGGAAGUGCUACGAAGCCUAAGAUGAUGUAG